AUGGAGGGAAGCCGUCGUGUCGUAAUUGCGCAAGGUGGGCCGUCUCUUGCCAUUACACCGAACGAAGACCCAGAGGUCCUGGGAGACAAUUCCCCAUCAAGGGAGGACUUGGCUGAAGAUGACGAUCUUGACUGCGAUUCCUUGACUGACACUGGUGAUCCUCGGAGCAGCGACAACUGGAUUUCGAAUAAAAACAGACCCAACCAAGGGUCUGCUGGGACAAGCAGCGACGAUGAGGCCGAGUCCCCUGACGACGAUGAAACGGAAACCAUACAAGAUCUUCCACCCCUGACAGAAUACAUCCAAGAAGAAGAGUGUCCGCCACUUGCGCAAAUCAUCACAUCGAAGCUCGGAGAGUUCGCCCGGAACGUUGGGGAGGGAUCUCAGUGGAUGCGUGCGCACGAAGACCAAGGCCCCUACCGGAGCAGAGUGUUUGCUAAACUGCCCACGCGUCUGCUAUUGGCUAGCCUUGUAGAGCCCAUUCUUGAAGAGCUCCAACAGCACGGCAUCAUAAUCACUCGCGAAUCGUUCCUGCAGCGGCUAGACCAGCAAUACUUGGCAGGCACCGACAGCUGUGCCGAUGAUCCAUCUCGAUGGACCAUUGUGAACUCACUCUUCGCCACUGCGAUGCUGCACAGGACGACUAACGAAUCCCUCGCACACACAUCUCGGACUGCAUGGAGUUACUUCAAGAACGCAUUUUCAAAUUUCCCAGAGCUCAUCACGCGGGGCAGAGACGUGUCGGCCUGCGAAGCACUGCUUGCCAUGACUGCCUUCAUGCAAUGUACUGCCGACACACAGAUAACCUUGCAGCUGGCGAGCGCGACAAGUCGUCUGGUUCAAACCCUUGGUCUACAUCGUAGGGACUUUUACAGCUCUCUCGACGUCCCUACUGCCCAGAGACAUCAACGGGUCUUCUGGGCCACCUACGUCCUUGAGGUCGAGAUGAUGGACAAGUACGGAUGUGGUUCCGGCCUCACACGUGGAGAAACGCCUUUGGAAUUGCCCCUGAGGUGCUCCUCAUCUUCUUGCGCGGCGCUACAGGCCUGCAAAUGUUCGAGUCUUCUUCCGUGGAGAUCCGAGCUUGCCAUCAUCCAGAGGCGUAUCCAUGACCAGUUCGAUCCGGAAAGACCUGUUUACCUUGGCAGUGACGAGCUUACAAGGGUUGUUUCGUCGAUGAAUGGACAGCUUCUAGCCUGGAAAGGAGGUUUACCAGGGGACAUGUUGACGGAAACCCACCACCUUGGGCCAAACUUUAACAUCGCCAUGGCCCUUUUGCUAUAUAGCUUUCAUAACUCUGUGAGCAGACUGCACAUGGUGCUCGUCCAUCCCAGGGCUGCCGAUGAGCCGAAUUGGGCCUCCAGAGCACCUCAAACAGAGCCUAGAGCACGAAAGGGCCGGGAUGCGUGCACUGCCUCUGCCCGCGCCGUGAUUAACAUUGCACGCAACUUGGCAUCAGAGCCCUUCUACCAGCAGUGGGGAACUUUAUGCUAUCCCCUCUCGGCCGUAUUCGUGCUCUUGCUGGCUGUACUUGAGGAUCCCGGUUCUGUUACGGCACAGGAUGAUGUUGACAGAAUAGGAGACUUUGUUAACCUUUUGGAGCGUCUUGGUGGCGACGGCUGUGAUGUGAACAGGCUUCUGGGUGGGUGUCGAAAACUCCAUGACAUUGCGUCCUUCGCUCGCAGUGCUGUUCAGGAGGCAGAUCAUCAGCAAGACGCUGAGACAAUAGUGAGACGAGGCGUUAUGUUGGCGCGACUUGAGGUUCGUGCAGGCCACCCGCCAGAAGCUCUCCGGUGUUAA